AUGGCCCCAGCGAGCGAUCUACUCAUGCCAGCCAUGGCGAGAGUAAUACACAGCUCGCGGCGCCAGCUCUCAGCAAGCAAUCGAAGAACACUGGCAGCAUUAACCAGCUCCGCCGCCCGCCAUCCAUCCUCGCCCCACGCCCGCAACUUCUCCAUAGGACCGCCCUUCUCCGCCGCGACCCCUGCCAACUCACCCUUCGGCCUCUCCAGCCUCUCUGCCGGAGGAGCACCGCCUUCGUACUUCACACGCCCUUCGCUACCGGCCAACACGAUCAUCAAGUUCGUGCCACAGCGGACAGCAUGGAUAGUCGAGCGCAUGGGAAAGUUCAACCGGAUACUGGAACCGGGCUUGGCCAUCUUGGUUCCCUUCAUCGACCGGAUAGCCUACGUCAAGAGCCUGAAGGAAGCCGCGAUCGAGAUACCCAGCCAGAGCGCCAUCACCGCUGAUAAUGUCACCCUGGAGCUUGACGGCGUGCUAUAUACCCGGGUGUUUGACGCUUACAAGGCGAGCUACGGAGUCGAAGACGCCGAAUACGCCAUCUCCCAGCUCGCCCAAACAACCAUGCGUUCCGAAAUUGGCCAGCUAACCCUCGACCACGUCCUCAAAGAGCGCGCGAACCUCAACUCCAACAUCACCGUCGCCAUCAACGAGGCCGCACAAGCUUGGGGCGUGACGUGUCUGCGGUACGAGAUCCGAGACAUCCACGCACCAGCCGGCGUAGUCGAGGCCAUGCACCGCCAAGUCACCGCCGAGCGAAGCAAGCGCGCCGAGAUUCUUGAGUCCGAGGGCCAGCGCCAGAGCGCGAUCAACAUCGCCGAGGGACGGAAGCAGAGCGUCAUCCUCGCUUCCGAGGCCCUCAAGGCGGAGCAGAUCAACAUGGCGAGCGGCGAGGCGCAGGCGAUAUUGCUGAAGGCGCAGGCGACGGCCCAGGGCAUCGACGCUGUAGCUGGAGCAAUCGCACAGGGCAGGGAGUCGGCGCAAGGCGCUGUGAGCCUCAGCGUGGCGGAGAAGUAUGUCGAUGCUUUUGGCAAGCUGGCAAAGGAGGGCACUUCGAUCAUCGUGCCUGGCAAUGUCGGGGACAUCGGCGGCAUGAUUGCUAGCGCGAUGGCGGUGUACGGCAAGGUCAGCGAGGGUCAGGCGAAGACGAUGGCGGCGAGGGCGCUGGGACCGGGCAGCAAUACCAACCCGACUGGUAGUAAGGCUGUUGCUUCGAUGGAGGAGCUUGAAAAAGAAGCGCAGCAGCUCCGGGCCAAGACGGAUGAGGUGGCGAGGAGUGUGUUGGACGGAUUCGAUAAGACGACUAAGAAGCACUAG